AUGGAGAAGGACCGAACUUGUAAUUUACCCUUUGGAGACGCCUUUCGUCCAAAUAACGGUCUGCUUUCUGGUGAUACGCCGGAAACCUCCUCUUCUUUUCCUUAUCUUCCGAUAGAUGCGGCCACAACCGAUUUCCCUCCCUCUGAAUACAAUUACAAGUUCAAACCGCCAUUUCACUAUGCAACUUCUUCUUCUUCUACUCAAAAUCCCUCAAUUCUGCGGAAAACAUCCUCGACCAUGGCUGCUCAGUGGCUCUUCUGCAACGCUCUCAUUGCCCUCCUCAUCCUCUUCAUUGCUCCUCAUCUAUCAAAAUCAGAUGAUAGGUCAACACCGUCACCAGGUUUUGCUUAUAGUUGGAUGGAUGAUGAUGAUGAAUUUUACCCAGGUGAUAUUGCGACAAUUAAGGUUAAAAUAUUGGGGAAUUACCAGAGUGAAGAAUACAGAUACCCUUUUAAUCCGAACAUCACAGUGAAUGGCACAAUGGGGAACAGUAGUUAUGUUACUGAUGUGCAUUCGGAUUUUGGCAAUGACACGAACAAUUGGCGGAUUCUUUUUAAGCCAAUCAUGGUUGGAUUAUUCUACGUGGUUAUCGAUGAGGAACAUUUCAGAGUGCAUGACAACUCUUUGCAUUUCCAUGUUUCACCAGCUGAGUCGAAUAUACCUCCUCAUUUUAUUUUUCGUUGGCUGAAUUAUAAGAGUGAGUUUAGGGCAGGUGAAAUUGCAACUAUUCAGGUUAUAGUAUUUGAGAAUUUCAACACUAAGACAUACAAAUACCCUUUUAAUCCCAACAUCACAUUGAGUGACUACAGUGGAAAGAAUGAGAAGAUGGGAAAUAGUAGUUACAUUACAGGGGUUUCUUACACUUUGGGCCCUGAUACGAACAAAUGGGAGUUACAUUUUAUGCCAAUUAUGGUUGGGACGUUCCACGUGCUUAUCACUCAAGAAAAUCUCAAUGUGUUUGACGCCUCUAUGUCUUUCAGUGUUACACCAGCUUUCAUUUAUAAACCUGCUGGGACUGUGUCAUGGAGAGGUGAAUGCAAUCAUUUUGUAGCUGGGACAACAGCUAAAAUCAUGGUACUUCCUAAAGAUGCAUUUGGGAACAAUGCUACACGUAAAAGUGAAGGAAGUAAUGUCAUUUUUGACAUAUAUGCUACAACUGAAAAAGGUGAGGAUGCAAAGGUGUUGGAUGUGAGUCAAAAUGGAUGGAAUAGAUUUGGUGGUUUAUCCACUAACUUUAUUGCAGCCACAUCAGGAAAUCUCUUACUUCACGUAAAAGAUAAAAACCAACACUUGAUUGGUUCCCCGUUGACUUUCACGGUUGACCCUGGAGCACUUGAUGUUGGUAACUGUGUGCCACAUUGGGGCAUUGAAUCAAAAUCUUUUCAGAUCUUUUCCAUAAUGGAAACAUUUAUAACUCAACGAGAUAAAUAUGGGAACCUUAUUCCAGGGUUUUAUCCAUUUGAUUUUGAUGUUAUUGAGAAGGGGAGAUAUUUGUCUUUGCCUAUUGGUGAUUUGAAAUAUCAGGAAGUAGUUCCAGGUGUUCAAUCACUAUCUUUCAAAUUACUUCAACAUGGGGAGUUUUCACUCAUCAUUACAGAUAAGGAUAAGAAGAAACAGAUCUUGAAUAUGCCAUACGAAUUUAGCAUCUACAUUGGGUAUUGUGAUGGAAUGAAGAGUAUUGUUAAUGGAUCUGGUUUACAUAACUCUGUUGCUGGAGAAGUUUCAAAAUUUUCUAUCGUGUUAAGAGAUGCUUAUCAGUAUCCAUCACCAAUUGAGGUACAUAGACUUCGAGUAGAAAUCACAUUGCCUUCACUCUCACUUCAUGUGGAUCCACAAAUAUAUCCAAUGAAUCCUGACAAUGGUACUCAGUCAACUGGAAUGUUCAACUUUGGUGCAUUGGAAGUUCCAUCUAUUUACUUGCAUAACAACAAAUCUGAUGAGGAUUGGAAAACGUGGAAUAGUAACUUUGAGGUUGUUUAUAUACCUGAAAAGAGUGGGGUAUAUGAGAUUCAUAUAUAUUGUGGCAACAUUCCACUGAAUGAAGAAAAGCCAUUCACAAAGUUUGUAAGUGCAGGCAAGGUCAAUGCAUCCGUAUCAAGAGUUGUAAAAUAUAAAACAAGAGUCUCAAAAGCGGUUUUACAUAGUGUAGAUCUGCAACUGAUGGAUUCUUUUUCUAAUCCAGUCUUGUUACAAGAAUCAGAAUUAUCCAAAUUAACACUGGAGCCUGAUUCAAUCAACAAACCAUUUUUCAUGGUUGUAUUGUUUGUAGACAACAGGGAUGGGACAUACACUGGCUUCUACAUGCCGAUGAAUCUUGGAACUUACAAGAUAUGUGCUUCAUUUGAUGGAAUGAGUAUCUCCCCAAGUCCCUUUGAGGUGACUACUUACAACAGGGAGGACUUUCCUAUAGCUUAUGGUCUUGAUGUCUCUGUUUGGGAGGACGAAUCCAUAGUUUUUAAUGCUCUAGUAAAUGAUUACUUUGUUGGUGGAAAGGCAAAAGUCGUUGAAUAUGAAAGGCCAGGUCAUGGUUCACUUUUGCAGUAUGGAGAUCUGUUUAUAUACACUCCAUUUAAGAGAUUUUAUGGAAAUGAUUCAUUUCCAUACUCAAUGUCAGAUGCAAAUGGCAACAUUGCUUCUUCUCAUGUAAACAUAUUUGUCGACUGUAUUCCCCCACAGUUUGUUUCUUUUCCACCUCAAUUGCAGGCAGAUGAAGAUACCCUCAGUCCUAAAUUUGGUGGUUAUUCAGGCUUUGAGAUCACAUAUUCAGAUUCAACAGAGAACAUCUCUAUUAUGUUCACUGCACAACACGGAUCAUUCUUUCUCUCUCCUCUACUGAUGCAACUUUGGGAUCCCAUGUGGAAGGAGAUUUCAGUCACCAAAAGGGAAGGAAGAUCUAAAGAAUUGAUUAUAAGUGGUCGCUUGGAAGUUAUCAAUUUUGCCAUUAAAUCACUCAAAUACAUCGGGGAGGGGAACUUUAGUGGUGAAGAUACUCUUAGGGUUACCACCAUGAACAAGCAUGGAAAGUAUGAUUUGGAUAUUCCAGUCAUUGUCAACCCAAGAAAUGAUCCUCCAUUUAUUAAUGUCCCUGAGUUCAUCAUGAUGGAGAAUGUGACAGAAGAUGAAGGUUUCUUGAUCUUUGAUAGACAACGAGACAAUUUUAACUUUUCUAUUGGGGAUCCGGAUCAUGUUCACUUUACAGGAAAUAAAAGUCACUUUCGUGUGAUGUUUUCUGUGGAAGUUAGUUCUGGAUAUUUCUCAGCAAACCUUCCAGCUGAGCUUACAAGCACAACUGAAUUAAAGUUAAAGAAUAGCAACAGCAAUCAGUGGCAACCCCUUCUUACAUUUAUUGAAAUCUCAAGACGUUUUUCCCUCAAAGCAAAAGCCAUUAGAUUCAGGGGAACAAUUGAAGAUUGCAACACUCUCCUCCAACAAAUCCUUUAUCAUGGUGAUGAGGAUGGUGGGGUGCUUACAGUGAGUGUGAAUGAUAUGGGGUGGUAUGGAUGUUAUCCAGAAGAUUGUCAACAGAUGAUGUCAGCGCCUCUUAUUUCUGAGGCCACCAUCAACUUGAUAAGAAAGAUGCCUGUGGAUCCGGUGGUAGCUCACUCUCUUAUAUCAGCGAUUGUGAUCGAAUCCACUAUACUCUCAUCAUUGGUCGCGAUACUAAUAUUUUUCACAUAUAAAUGUGUAUUUGCCCUCCUACACAAAAAGUUCAAAGAUCAACCUCAACCUCAAUCUCAAAAUUUUCAGCUUCAUAAGCUGCAAAGCUCCCAUGAAGACAUGUCAAGUACAAAAGAUUCAUCUGAGAAUAUAACUGGACAGCCUUCCGGCUUAUCUAAUCCGUUGCAUGAAGAAUCAAAAAUUGGGCUAAGUGUUGAUUCUCACACAUCAAGCCCAUCUGGAGCAAAUUAA